AUGGCUUUUCCUGUUCCAGAAGAGUUUCUCCAUUACGCCGAAGGUUUCCAAAAUCGUAUCGUCUAUUGGCAUGUAGUCCGAUUGAUAGGAUGGGGUCAAGAAGAUGAUGGAUCUCACUACUGGAUUGCAAGUUACGGUAGAUUACUGUAUAUCUGUGCCAAAGCGUCUACACUGCUUCCUCAUUCUUAA